AUGGCUCUCACUGGAAGUAAAGCAGAAUUGUUGGAUGCCCAGAAGGUUACGGCUGAGCUCUUGACCCAGCAGGCCGCGCCGCCGCGCGUUGAACCUCCCGCUGCACCGAUUGCUGUCAAGCUUGAUGGAAAAAAUUAUGGUGGAUGGUCCCGGGUUGUUGAGAUGUAUGUCUCGAGCAAAGACAAACCGGGCUAUUUGAAUGGUGGUUCUCCCGAGCCCCCUCCUACUGAUCCGUUUUUUCGACAAUGGAAGACCGAUGAUUCUACGUUGAAAGGUUGGCUUAUCAAUUCUAUGGAUCCAGCUUUGAUACCAAACUUUAUUCGGUUUCCCUCUGCUAAAGCCGUAUGGGAUUCCGUGGCAACGACCUUUUUUGAUGGAUUUGACACCUCCCAAAUCUAUGAUCUUAAGAGGCAGAUUUCUCAAUUGAAGCAAGGCGGUGGAUCCAUCGAGAAAUAUUACAAUGAUCUUCAAGGGCUCGGGCGUGAGAUUGAUUUUCGACGUCCUAAUCCUAUGCAAUUCCCGGCCGAUAUUCUAAGGUACAAUGCCAUUGUCAAUGAAGAUCGAGUUUAUAUUUUUUUGGACGGUCUCGAUGACCGUCUGGAUAAUGUUCGUGCUGAUGUUACGAAGAUGGAUCCAUUCCCCACUAUUGAGCAAGCUUAUGCUUGGGUCGGGCGAGAGGAUAUGCGCUAAUCUGUCAUGCUGUCCACUCCCGUCGGGGUUACCUCUGGUUACGCCAUGGCGUCGCAGCGAGGCAAGAGUGAUCCGCAUCUCCAGUUAGUGCCUUCUAUCCCGAGAGCUCGCUCUAGACCUGGUAUGCCAA